AUGAUGUCCGCAGCAUUUGGCAAUCUUCUACAGCGUACCGCGAUCGUAAAUAUUACUUCUGGCGCACGCGCCGCAGGCAUCGAUGACGGUCCUGCGACGCCUAGUGUUGGGCGCCCUUGCGUCCUCCGCAGGGGCGGUCAUGGUGGAGGUGACGGGCACCCAGGAGCAGGCCCUGGCGAUGCUGGCGGGCACGCGGGCGCAGGUCGGCCGCGGCAGGACGACGUCGCCACCACGCACAACCUGACCGUGUGCAACGCAUACGCAGACCACAAGCCCCUCAGUGUAUACACGGUGACCAACAGGGCUAAGCUCACGGAGGAGCCUCUCCCGUACAAGGCAUGCAAGCAAGUCUCGUUGGAGUUGUCAGAGAGCGAGCGGAUUGACUUCAGGCUGGGAGGUCUGAGUGUGGGCACUUUCCGUGUCACUGGGCUCCCCUACGUCUCUGCGAAUCUGUUGUUGGUCCCAUACCACAAGAGCAACGACACAAUGUCCGCUGCCUUUGCCUCCCACAUGUUUUCGGCCGCCGAGGAGAAGGCGCAGGUGGCAGUCGUCGACGCGUAUUCUGGCAGCGAAUCUGGGCUUCUCAAGGUCCAGCGACCGAAAGAUCGCAAAUGGGCGAACAUGAAGCAUGGUUCGUCAAUAAAGAUGGAUGCGGGGAGUUACCAGGUCGUUCUGUCUGACAAAGACGGCAAGAACAUCAAGCUUGCCAAGUUGGAAACCGCUGAACACGCCAGGUAUGUGGUGAUGCGCGUCGGCAGCGAGUCCGACGGGCACGCACAGGAGCUCGUGGUGUCUUCGGCCACCGGGACUGAAGGCAUCGGUGCCGCAGGCAGCGGUUCCUUCCGCGCCAGCCUCGGCAUUUUCGCUGCUUCUGCGGCUGCAGCAGCCUCCAUGGUGGCAGCCUUGGCAUGA